AUGUUCACCAAAGCCCUCCUCCUUCUAGCCUUGAGCCUCACCACUCUGUCCCUUCCAACCACCAACGAAAGCCUCGAGAAACGCAGCACGAAAGCCUGGAUUGGCUGCUUCGAGGAAACAGACGAGUACUGCCAAAACGGUGUCUUCAACGACGCCCAUCCCCGACCCAAACUCGGUGGAAUGAAUUAUGAGGACUGCCUUGAGUUUACACCAACGACACAGAGAUUUGGGGGAGUUGGGGCAAUGGCUGGUGGCUACGUCAGAGCUUCAAUACUUACACGGAGCCAGGUUGUACAGGCCAGACUACCUGGUACGGUCGAAACGGGAGUGACGCCGGGUUUUGUGUGGCUUUCAGUGGGUCGUUCCAGAGCAUUCAGUAUAUUGGAUAGAGGCGACGUCUCUUCUGACACCGUGUGUUGCAUACUGCAUGCGAUUUUGGAUUUCAAGAGACGGCCGGUGCGAGAUCUUUGUGUUGUUGACCAGGUCACCAGAGUUGCCUGA